AUGUUCUGGGGUGCCAUUAACUUCGUAGGCCUCUUGACCCGUCGACUGCAACGCGUCCUAACAGCAACAUCGGUCAAAGUUCGACAUCUAAUCGCGGCUUGGGCGGCAACGGACGUGGAGGUCCGCGUCGAAUGGGAGGGAUAA